AUGCCAUUGGAAGUCAAAACCAUCCUCGUCACUGGUGCCAAUCGCGGGAUUGGACUUGAGAUUGCAAAGUCCUAUUUGGAUAAGGGGUGGAAGGUCGUGGCAGCCGUGAGGGAUGUUGGCAAGAUGCCGAAGCUCGAAGGGGAUCUGCUAGUCCUCAAGAUUGAUGCUGCGUAUCUCACCGAUGCUCAAGAGGCUGCACAAGAGCUUCGCACCAGACACAACAUACACGACCUCACCAUCCUCCUUGCCAACGCCGGCGUAGGUCUUAUGGGCCCCACGCUGGCCCAAACCCCCGUCGCUUCAUUCGAAGAGUCUAUACAAAUCAACACCCGCGGCCCCUUGUUACUCUACCAGGCUUUCAGGGAUAUUCUGGGUGAUGGAGAGGGAAAAACGUUUGCGGUAGUCAGCUCAAAAGGAGGGUCAAUCCUAACGCCAAAGAGGAUCGGAUUUGGAGUUUAUGGGUGUUCGAAGGCUGCUGUCAAUUUCUUGGUACGCGCUAUCCAUUUCGAAGAGACAAAGCUGAAAGCUUUUGCCAUUCACCCUGGAUGGGUUGAAACCGAAAUGGGUAUAAUGGCGUCCACCAAAGCGAACAUGAAUGGCACCACUCCUCAGAGAUUGGAAUACACCGUUCCGGGAAUCAUCAGACUGUUGGAGACCACCACGAAAGAAGAACAUUCAGGAUGGAUGUGGGAAUAG